CUGUUGUGCUUGUGCGCUGUGGAAGCGCGGCGUUGGGGGUUUUGUUCCCAGAGCUCCUCGGUGCGCUGUCCACUUCAGCACCACGAACCGAGCGGAUGCAGCGGGCCAGCUAACGCCGAAGAGAAGAGGGACCGAAAACACGGCUCCUCAUCAGCUACGGGGCCCACCCCACUUCUAAAUACAGCAAACCUGAAACCAGCGCUCGGAAUCGACCAUAAACGACGAACUCAGCGAGAGAAAAGACCACCGGAAAGGCUGAAGUAAUCAUGUACGAUGCAACACGGGUACCAUCUCCUAAAGAUGGUGCAAAUGGGAUGGCGCAGCCCGCGCUUCCUGCUGGAUCAGAACCAGGAACGGCUGCUGGAUCAGGGGGACCGAUUUCCAACGCAGCGCUGCAAGUUAAAAGUGAGGAGGGACAACCAGGCACAGAGGAGGAAGAGGAGCCUAAAGUGGAACCUGUCCUGGUGAAGAAGCCACACAGAGAGAUUCUGGACCAUGAGAGGAAGAGGAGAGUUGAGCUGAAAUGCAUGGAGCUUCAAGAGAUGAUGGAAGAACAGGGGUACACAGAGGAGGAGAUCCAACAGAAAGUCAGCACAUUCAGACAAAUGCUGAUGGACAAAGAAGGCGUGAUCACCAGAGACGGAUCCCACACUCAGCCAGUGAUGAACCACUAUCCAUCUGAGUAUGAAGAUGACGCUGACAUCGUUGACUAUCAAGAUGAAGAUUAUCACUAUGACUACCACAGUGACAACAGAGUGAAAAGGAAAUCCAGCAGCUCUCCAUCCCCUCGCCCAAAGAAAAGAAAGAAGAAAAAGUCUGGAAGACGAAGGAGCCGGUUCGGCAGCUCCUCACCCACUCACAGGGAGAAAAAGAAAAAGAGUGGGAAAAAACACAAACGAGACAGGUCUGCAUCUGACUCCAGGAAGAAGAGAAGACACAGAUCCAGCAGCCCAAAGAACAAACACAAAGACAAGAACAAACAGAAAAAAAGAUCCCCCGGUGAGAGCCCCAGCAGGAGUUCACAGCGCCAAGGCAGCUGCUGCAGCUCCCGGAGCGCCUCCCUGUCCUCAGCCCACAGCACCUCCAAGUCCCCCGUCAGACCGAAUUCCAAGCACAGGACAGAUCAAGAGAGAGCGUCUGCCCCCCCUCUGUCCCCGGGGCCCAACAUUCCCACCGAGUGGCAUAACGGGGACCACACCCAGCGAAGCCGCAACGGCAAGGCCGGCAGACUCAAACACGCCGACGGCGAGAAAGGGAAUGAUAGGCUCAAUCUACUGACUGCUAGCCAGUCCUCUGUGCUGAAACAGCACAAGAUCCACAGCGCCACCAGCAGGAGCCAGACGGCACAGACGUGCGAGGCAGGCGAGGCUGGGACUGUGGACAGCAGGAUGCCAGCCGUGGGGGGCUCCAUUACCCAGGGGCCAGGGAGGAGAGGGGGGCAGAGAGGCCAGAGGAAAAGCUCCCACUCCCCUGCUCGGAGCAGCGACUCAGCCAACUCCCAGCACAACCACGCCCACAGAGGGAGAAACGCACGCCACCAGAGAAAGACAAAAGGCCACUCCUCCAAGCGCCGCCAUCGCUCUGGUCGGGCUCAGGCACACCACAGAAGUCCAUCGGCCUCUCCAGGGCGGCGCUCCCACGUGUCAGGUCGGAAGAGCAGGGAGUCCCAGAGCAAAGUAAACCUGCGCCAGCGCAGCAGCUCCUGGAGCAGCGGCCGCUCGUCCUCUCGCUCCGCCUCCAAAGACUGUGGCCCCAGCAAGGUCAGGUCCCCGCACCGACAGAUGAACUCCAGGGAGAGGGACAGCGCCAAUCGCUCUGAUGCUGAAAGCAGAGCUCGUCGCCGCUCACGCAGCUACUCUCCCAUCAGGAAGAGAAGAAGAGAUUCACCCAGCUUCAUGGAGGCGCGAAGGAUUACCAGCGCCCGGAAGCGUCCAAUCCCAUACUACCGCCCCAGCCCCUCAUCAACCAGCUUCGACAGCAGUCCGUCGCGGUCCAGCCGCAGCUACAGCAGCUACAGCCACAGCAGAAGUCCCAGCCGCAGCCGCAGCUGGAGCCGGAGUCGCAGCCAGAGCCGGAGCUGGAGCCGCAGCCGCUCACGCAGCCAUCACACCUACUACAGCCGCAGCAGCUACGACAGCCCGGGCUUUUGACUGCAACGCACGCACACACGAGGAACUCUGGCACUGAGCCGCAGUUCAGCUGCCACACUGCUGUCCAAACCCGGGGCCCAUAACUCUUCCUCCCUGGACUCUCCUCGGCACAGAGCCUGGAACAAACGAACAGCACGUCGCUGUAAACUUGGUCGUCAGUUUCACAUGGUCAAAAAAGUCAAAAAAGAUUUCCACUGAUCUAAAAUGAAUUGGCUGAGCCCAAAGAACAAAUCCCACUCUGUCAGCACUUUUCCACCCAUCUUCCUCGAGGCAACCAAAAACGAUUUUAUCAGCAACUGUAUCCUUCACGAAUAUUUAUACAUAUAUAAAUACCGCAUAUAUAUAUAUGUCCUUUGAAAAGGAGCUCUAAGAUGACAAAAGGAAGAGAAAAAACACAGUUCAAGGGUUCUGUUCUCAUCAUGUGUCCAUCCCCUCAAACACUUCCAUGUCACAGAUGCCCACCGAUCAAGAGAAGUGAGAACAAAACAGGAACUUUUUUAUGAUUCCAACUUUCAUGUAUAGAUAUCUGUAUAGAUGUAAACUCCUUUGUGUUCUGGCUUUGUAAACUAUGCAUUGAAUCCUCCACUCAGCUCCAGGAGCUUUGUUCAGCAUGGUUCUUGGGGGGGCGGGGAGUGGAUCCUCAGAGGAUCAAGACUUUAGCUCUGAUGGCCCUAGAUCAAAGGAUCCAGUUCACCUUUUUGGGUUUUUUUGUGUGGGUAUGCAUACCCACUCUGCAGAUGAAACUCCUUAGGAAAACUGCAAACUGUCUUCAUGCACCUCAGCUAUUUAUGAAAUUUUAUUUAUGUAUUUCAUUAUUUAUUGGGUUAUUUAUUUAUUAACUUAUUGAAUCAGGAUUGAUUAUGCUUUGAUGCUUUUUUUUGGCAUGUCUGACACUGAUGGGGGGGGGGGGGGGUCCUUUCAGGCAGAAUGUGCUGCCUGUUAAAUUCGUCCAAAGCGUCUCCCACAUCCAGACUAGCAUAAACUCUAUCCAUUGUGAUGUAUUCUUCGGGAUGCUGUGGUGUUUGCCUGCAGCGAGGAUGGACAGCUUAGCCUGGAGCAUGACCGCACCUUUGUCCCUGAAUCCAUUAUUUAUUUGCAGCUUCUGCAUUAUUUAGACCCCUAUCAGGAAUCCUCACCCUUUUUCUGGUUGGAGAAGAUAUGUGUGAUGGUAUCGAGGCAGCAGUGGCGCCCAUCUGCCAGCUGGCAAUAGAAUCAGGGAUCAGCCGAAGUCUUCCUUUCUAUCCGAGCGGUCUGGUUCAUCUGUGGGCGCUGCAUUGUGAACAGAUGUAACUCAACUAUGAUACUCUGCAAACAUCUUCAUUUAUUCCAAGUAAUGCAUCGCGCCUUUGGUUCAAUUCAUUCUUUGUAUUGUACUAUUUAUUAAACCUGAAAAUAAACAGAACUGGAAGAUA